AAUUGGCCCAGCGUCGUCUGGGUUUGACCGUCAUUGUAAAUAAGAAUUUGUUGUUAACUGAUUUGCCUAGUUGAAUAGGGCACACGCAAUAAGASCGUUUCUGCAUCUCACCUGUAGAACGGGACAUCUACAUUUACUGGUCGUAAACUAGGUCGAAAAAAUAUAUAUAGGCAUAAGGUUAGCAGUGUGGUUAAGGUAAAACAUCUAAUUUUAUUAGAAAUAGAAUUGGGCGGGGUUUACUACUUUGUGGCUGUGGUAACAACCAAGUGGAUCCAGUUCACAAUUAUCGAUCAACAGCUUUUAUUUUAGUCGACAACUGUAAAGUUUAGUCAUGGUGUGGUGCUCAGUACCUGGAUGUGGGAACUACAAGCAAGCACAGGCUGCUGGGGUAACGUUUCAUCGGUUACCUGUCAGAGAUAUUACUCGUAGUCGACAGUGGCUGGCGGCAAUAAAGAACGCAGCCUAUGAUGUGAAUACUGCACUGGAUAAAUAUCCAAAUGUCCGUGUUUGUAGCCAGCACUUUCAGCCAGAGCAUUUCGAAACGGACCUGAAGUCUCAACUGAUGGGGUUGCCAGGUCGUCGCACGUUGAAAAGUGAAGCUAUUCCAUCGAUUUUCCCCUUCCCUUCAAAGAGGAAGGCAUCCGAUCAGCCAACAUCAGCGCAGCAGAAAAGAAGUCGAGCUGAGUAUCUGAAGAGUAUUGAAGCUCUCAUCACACCAGAGGUGGCUCCAAUAUUGCCUGGAAGGAAGAACAAAGGUGUUCUGACCCGUCCCCGUGUCCAAGAUUCUGGAACCAGCAUUGACAUUACACCUGAGAGUGCAGAUGUGUGUGUGAACAGAGUCUGUCUGCUGCAGCUCUUCCUGCUCUGCGAGAGGUGUGGCUGCGACUGUGAUGCCAGGAUCCAGGAUGAACUGGGUUGCUUCUCUGUCGUUCAGACGUGCCCGUUCUGCAGUCACCACAGGAAAUGGAUGAGCCAGCCCUCUUUUGCCCAGGAAACCUGUGGAUUGAAUGAAGAGGCGGUUGGAGAGACAUUGUCCCAGCCAUGUGAAGAUAGAGACCCAGACCAAGAGAACAUUUGCUUGACUAUGGAAAUCACUGAGGAGUUGUGUGAACAUGAUUCUCAGUCCUCGGACGAGGAGAGUGAGGAGGACGAAAAGCCCAAGAAACGGAAUAAGCAGGAGAGAUCAGAUGAGACCGAGUGGGAGCCGUCUGAUGAGGAAGACAUUGUAAUGGACUCUGAUUCUUCUGAGGAUUUGGAAACGGCAGGUUCCUCUGGUCUAACAGAAAAGGCCGACGUUGAUAAUUCUCAGAGRGGAAUAGAGAAAGAUGAGAGACUUGUGGAGUGGUGUACUGACUGUGGAGCCGAGCCCGUACUCGCCUGCACCACACAGCGCCAUAAGAAYCUGUACGCCUGUGGUGUGUGUGUGAGUGAGGUCCAACAAGCUGUUGGAUUUGACCGAUUCUACAUGCAGUUCGAGGACCCGGACAGCUUCAAGGAACAUGUACGACGGGAACACAACACACAACCUCCAUCCUUGCUCUGUACAGACUGCGGCAUCUUUCCUCACAAAAAGGACCAUGGUGUGAGCACAAGAUCAAGAAAUUCCGCUGUGUAGACUGUGUGUAAGCGCUGUAGGACUGAAACGGGUAUCAAGAUUCACAGGCACCUCCACCACCCCGACCAUGUUUUCCCAUGUAAGUUCUGCCUGCAGCCAUUCAAAACCAGGUCAGACAAACUGACACAUGAGGAGAGCCAUCAGGAUGAGAACUCUCCUACCAGUGCUCAGAAUGCUCCGAAAAAUGUGAUGACCUAAUGGCAAGGAACAGCCACCUACGAACCACAGCAACCUGAAUAGAAACAUCUGCCACACUUGUUACAAAAGAAUUUUCUAACAAAAACCAUCUGGAGAGGCACGUGAUUUUUCACACGAGGCAGAAGCCCCACAUGUGCCAGGUCUGCCAACAGGUCCUUCAACCAAGCGAGCCACCUCAAGUCCCACAUGCGCCUCCACACAGGGGAGAGGCCCUUCAAGUGCAGCAGUGUGAGAAGUGCUUCAAUC